AUGGGCCUGUCAUACAACCAGACAUCAUUCCCAAACAUCUUUCGGUGGCCGUCUCAAACAGUUGCUCUGCAGAAUGCCCAAUUAUUGUUUUCACAAUACGAUCGCAUUCGGGACUGUCAUUGGGGCCUUCAAACCUUCUUGUGUUCACUUUUCUUCCCCAGAUGUACGUCUAAUGGACAAAUUCAUCCAUGCCAAUCACUUUGUAACGAGAUCAACGCUACAUGUAGCGGACGAGCCCUUGCCCUAAACCUGCAAUGGUACGAUUCAAUCUGUGAAAUUCUUCCCGAGACUAACUGUUCUGUUCCGAAUGUAAUUCCAUCGCAGGGAUGUGAAAACACAACUGAACUAACGGGCUUCUCAGGCAAUUUUACGUCCCCGGGUUACCCUGGCAACUACCCUAACAACGCCCGCUGUUCCUGGCUGAUAACUGUGAGCCCUGACAAGAUCGUGGUCAUCAGAUUUGCAGCGUUCAACUUGGAAAGCUCUACUGGCUGUCGUUAUGACUCCCUCGCUGUGCAUGAUGGGCCGAAUGGCACUGAUCCUGUGCUCGCCACCUUCUGUGGUUCUUUAGCUACACCAGUGUCCACCACUGGAAACAGCGCCUUUGUAAUGCUCACCAGUGAUAGUGCAGUGACGACGCAUGGAUUUUUUGCCAACUUUACUGCUGAGGAUCCCCCACAAACAUGCUCUCCAGAGGAGUUCACAUGUUGGAAUGGAGACUGUGUCAACACGACUCUUUCCUGUGACGGCACUAAGGACUGUUCUGAUGGAAGUGAUGAAAUCGAUUGUGGUGGCGCGAAAUGUGGUGUUCCGGCUAUAUCGCCAACCUUCCCCGUAACCCGUAUCGUCGGUGGUAACGCUGCCCAGCCAGGAAGUUGGCCUUGGCAGGUCUACUUGUUGCGUUAUGGCUCAUUCUACUGCGGUGGAAGUCUCAUCCACCCCAUCUGGGUCCUAACCGCUGCACACUGUGUGGACUAUGAUCUUCCGCCCGGCGGUUACGAAGUAAUCCUUGGCAAGUACAACAAACCCGAAUACAUCACCGACUCAACAGAACAACGAAUACCUGUUUCCAAGGUUAUCAUCCACAGUGGAUAUAGUCGUAACCCGACAAAUAAGGACCUGGCCUUACUGAAGCUGGCCCGACCGGUGACACUGAACCAGUACGUGUGGCCCGUCUGUCUUGUCUCGGGCCCAGGAGCCGAUCCGCCCGAGGGAACCAGCUGUGUCGUUACGGGAUGGGGAAGUACCCAAGGUACAGGGAACGAGGACGUGCUGAAACAAGCCCGCGUCCCAUUGGUCAGCAAUGACAAAUGUAACAACGCCCCUGCGUUAGUCUUAGCUGGCCGAAUCACUGAGUUUAUGAUGUGCGCUGGUUACUACGACACUGGCGGACAUGAUACCUGCCAGGGUGACUCUGGCGGCCCGCUCGUCUGUCCGGCGGCAGGACGGUGGAUCCUGCACGGUGUGACCAGCUGGGGAGACGGGUGCGCUCGACCCCAGUCCCCUGGAGUGUACGCCCGGGUCAGCUCCAUGCUCGACUGGGUUCACAGGACAAUGGACAACAAUUAAAGCAAAGACGCGCACCUACUUGGCCUGUUAUUCCUCCGUAGAUUCACAUGUAACCUUUAUACUUGU